AUUUCAUUGGUCGAAAUUUCAAAAAUUGACGUAAGGAAUCACGGCGGUAAACAAAAUAAAAUAGUUUGCAAAAGAAAUAAUAGAAUAUGGCAGACUUUUUGGAGCAUCGUCUAUUUUUUGAGGACUGUAAAUACAUUCAUCAUAUUGUGCAACAAAGAGUGCGACUCCUCGAUGAAAAGGUCUUUGCGUACAUGGAUGAAUGUCUGGCAGAUGCAAGGAAAGUGAUGUGCAUACAAGACCAGCAUAUUUUACCUAAAACGCCUUCAAUGAAGCAGAGAAGCCGCCGCAUAAGAAAUAAAACAAAGCACAGUCAAGAUGCAGACUCAUUGGAACAAGAUAGUAGUAAAACUGUAUGCAAGACAUUGUCUACAUUUUCGGAUGAUGAUGACUUUGAAAGUGUUCCACCUUUAACAAACAGUGAAGAUCAGUCCGGGACUCCUCCAACGGGACAAAGAACACGAGCCAGUAAGCGAGCUGCAACCACAUCUCGUGCCAGCAAAACCCGCACAAACAAAACUAAAAAAAAAGCCAAAAGCCAAGAACCAGUUUGCAAGAUUCAGGACAUUAUUACUGAUGAAGAUAGUGAGGUUGACAAUGUAGGUGCUGAGGCUGUAGCCGAUGUACAGACAACUCCAACAAACAAUGGAAAUGUUGAGGAGGAGGAGGAGGAAAAUGUGGAGAUUAUUGAAACGUGGACUCAGCCUGCAGGGGCUGCAACACUUGCACUCCAACACAGACUAGGGGCAGAUCUUGACAAAACCCCUGUUAACAAACCAGGCAAACCGAUCAAUCCAAAUUUCUGUAAAAUGAAUGUGAAAGAAAAGGUAACUGCAUAUGAGGAAAUUAUUCUGAUCAGUCCUGUAAAUGUCAAGCAAAAAAAGUCUGCCUCACCUGUUUCAAGAAGUUCUAUACAAAAAACACCAGAACAGGCAGGAAAUGUUCCUCAAACGCCGGAGACAGUUGUUCAGAUAAAAACCAUUAGUGUCACUUCAGCAGAAGAAACCGACAGCACAGAGUCAAAACUAAAACAGAAGAGACCACAUAGUGAAAGUGGUGAAGAAGUUAUCCCAGUGAAAUCUGCUAAGAAGGACACACCUAGAUUAAGUUCACACAGGCAGUCGACACGGAAAAGCCUGAGAAAAUCCCUGCAUACUUUACCUUCAACACAGAAGUUGUCAAAAACCACACAAGAGGUAGAGAAGCCAGUUAGAACACGAACCAGACUCCGAUUAAAAAAGAAACAGGAAGAUGAAGACCCUGGCAUGGAGACUGAUACAGAAUCUGUUGCCAGCCAAGAAGAGUCGAGGCCAGGGUCACCAGAGGUGGUUGCUAUAGAAACCAUGGAAGUUGAACAGGACGGGGAGGAAGCGGGGCAGGAAGAGGCUGACCAGCAGACCACUGGUAAAAGGCGCACAAGGAGUAAAGGAGAGAAUUCAGAGGAGGAGACGGAGGUGGUGGAGGUGGUUAGACCAGUCCGGUCUACACGCACAAAGACACGCGCACAGACACAGUCAGACUCUGAGAAAUCUGCAGCCUCUGUAGACUCAGCAGGUCAGGGAGGAAGUGUGAGCUCUGUAGAUGGAGAGAGCAGCCGACCUCGAGUGACCCGCACUAAAACCCGGCAGCCCCAAGUCACGGAGGGAACAGUGAAUGAAAAAGAGGACUCUGCCUUUGUGAGUCCAGCAUCAACAGCUCCAAGGACCAGAACAAAGACCCGUAAGCGCCAGCAUGAGGAGGAGUCAGAUGGUGAGAAGGUGGCGAAGCGCUCGUGUGUCAGUGUGUCCAGUGUUGAUGACAAUAAUUCUUUCUCUGAACAACACAUGGAGCAAGAUGAUGAAGAUUCUCUAUCCCCGAAAUGUCCGGCCAGCAAGGUAGUUCGCCCCCAACCUCAUUCGUUCCUUAACAACCUUAACAAGAACUCGACCAACCCAAUCAGACCAGUAAACCUCCACACAGGCCUUGUUCGCUCCUUCAUCACCCGCAGUCCAGCUCCUAAAGCCACACAUAAGGAGACGCAGCAGAAGAAGGCCGCCGAGUUACGUCAGAAGGAAGAGCGGGAAAAUGAGAGGAUGAAGAGGAGAGAGGAGGAACACAAGAAGAAGAUUGAGGAAAUGAGGAAGAAGCGAGAAGAGAAGAUGCGUAAAGUUCAGAGCCUGCGUGAGAUACAGCUGGCAAAGGAGAAGCAGUCACGCGUAGAGCUUGAGAAACGACUCAAGGAGAAGAGGGAGAACGGCCUCAAACAACGCGAGGAACGUGUACGUGAGGAGCAGGAUAAACAGAAACUCAGACAACAGAAGCUUGAGGAAGCUGAAGAGAGGAGAAAACGGGAGGAAACUGAUCGACAACGUAAACUGCAGGAACAGUUGGAGCAAGAGCGUGCCCACGAGCAGAUGUUGGCACGGAAACGCGAGCAUGAGGAGCAGGAACGGCAGGCGAAGAUCCUGCAGGAGAAACGUCGCCUGUCAGAGAAACUGCGGGAGAUGGAGGCAGAGCGAGAACGGGAUCGGGAAAAGCUGCUGAAACAGGAGGAGGAGAAGCACAAGGAAUGGCAGCAGAGGAAAGAGGAGAGGGAGCGUCAGGCAGCUGCUGAGCGCGCGGAAAAGGAAAAACAGGAACUUGAUAAGAAACGUGUGCGAGAGCUGCAGCAGAAACGUGAAAUGGAGAAGGUGAAAGAACAGGAACGUCUUCGGCUGGCAGAAGAGGAAUCGGUGAAGGAUUUACAGCGGAAACAGGAAGAGGAGAUGAAAAAGCUGGUGGAGAAACACAACAAUCAGCUUCAGACUGCCACCGGGACCGCUGCCCCGACUGCCCAGCCACCCAAACCCAACCUUAACAGGACACACUCCAUCGAGAAUGCAGCUGUAGCUGGCAACAAGAAUGACUCGUAUGAGAUGACACCCAAGCAUAAUAGUCACAGCGCCUCCCUGGAGAACUACUGCAUCGAUGAUCUCAACUCCGGUGAUGACACCGAUGAUGAAGACCACCCAAGAAAAAAGAUUCCCGACUGGGCACAAGGGACUCACCUGAAGACCCAGCUUAUCAAGCAGUACUACCAUCCACCAGACAUCCUCAAUCUGCUUGGGACCGUAGCAGACCCUGAUCUCAACAAGCUCUUCCACAAGAAGAAAGCCCGCUUCAACAAGCGUACAAGCUCUGCCCACUGGGACACGCCCAUCUUGAAGCCUGGUCUUCUUGGGCGCAGCUGAUCGGGGCAUGCAGGCUGGGCAUUCAUUUGUGAUUGUUUCAUUUACAGGAUGAUUACUAUGGCUUUUGGCCGGCUUGAUGUUUUUAAAAACACUGCCAAGUUAACAGGAAUAUUGGUCCUUCAGCUCUGACACAGAUCUCUCAGACUCUGUGUGAGGACAGUGCUGAUCUUCGUAUAGGGAGACAAACAUUUUAUAUCUGAUUUUGAGAGUGCCAAAGACAUGAUGGUCUGAAAACGUAUCUUAAAAGAUAUUUGGACAUGCCAUGAUCAGUUUUAGCCAACAUAAAUGUGAUUGUCUGAAUGCAGAUUUUUAAGCAAAAUGAUUUUUUUUAGUGUUUUAGGGUUUUAUUUCAAAUAAUAAUUUGUACAUUUUGUGUCCUUAAAUGUAGUUACAUAUAGCUUUUGCUUAGUAAUUGGAACACUAUUAACACAUGUAAGAGUUUAUGUAUGUAUUUUUUGCACACAGAGUUGCUUCCCUUGAUGUGUAAUUUAUUAAGGAUCAUUUUUUCAAAUAGACUUAUUUGGUGUCUAUAUAUAUACGCUGAUUUUGUUAUGUCAUUAAUGAUUGAGUAUGUUCGAUGUCUGUAUUAAACAACUCAGGUCAUUUAUACAAACAUCAGUGUUGUAGUACCUAGGUAUAUAUCUAAUUGAUUCUCAGUUCAUUACAGAGGAAAGUGAUACUCAUCCUCUUUAAAGUUACAAAUAGUGCAUAUCUGCUCAUGUUUGGGGCUGAUUGCGAUCCAAUCCAUCUAUCUGUUUAAAUCCUUAACCUAUGUGAGGAAAGUCACAGCUUAUACUCAGAUAUUUGAAUUUUGUAUUAUUUCGAGUUCACUGGGCACAUUAUUGUAAAAUCUAGCCCUUCUUGACAUGCCUAAUCUAUUAUCUUAUAUUUCAACCUUUGUUUCAUGACCGAAUGCUUGGUAAAUGCUCCAUUCUUUUCAUGGCUAUUCCAUUUAAACAUAUAACCCCGGAGGGGGGGGGGCACUUUUAAAGUAUACCACCCCCUUACAGAAGCAAAUUCACCCUUCCCAGCUCUAAAUAAGCGAAAAAAGACACCCACCCAUAUACCAUUUAAAUAAUUGCCUUCCCCCCGUGGGUUAUGUUUUACUGGAAUAGCCCUCAGUAUUUUUCUUCACAUAUCCAUAGAUUUACAGUGGGACUAUACACCUUCAAUGAUUAUUCACAUUUGUAAUUAAAGGUAGUUUUAAAUGUGUACACACAUUUAUUAUUUUUGUAUUAAAACAAUAGUAAGUUGAUGAAAUAAAUAUAAAACAAUAUCUGAGGGUUCUUUGGAUUAAUCUAUUAUUCUGUUUUUGUCUCAUUUCACAGUAAAUAUUUGUAUUUAUUCCUAUACUGUAUCUCCGUCUGUUUUACUCCAAUUUAAAUUGUAGGAACAAUGUAUCUUUGUUGUUGUUUUUUCAAUGUAAUUUGUCUCUGAUAUAUUGACUUUUUAUGACUUAAAUAAUAAACGUACAAUCUUG